GUCUUGAUCGGAUGAAGCUCAUGCGCUUUUACAGUGUGGAUUCUGUUCAGAGCGAAACACACUGACAGCAUCGGCUCCUCUUUCUGUGUCUGUGCACACACCGACAGUCAUUGUCAGCAGACACUUUCCACCGCAUUGCAAAAACAUCUUUUAUCUAAUUUCCUCGGAGGAGACGCGUUUCAUCGCUGCAGACGCACAGCGCAUGUUCCUCUAAACCAGAGUCCACCUGUGUGUAUGUGUGAGUGGGAGAGAUUUGUUCAUUUCCAGGAACGGGGCUGUGCAACUCUUCUUCCUCACAGGACCGCGAGGAGAAUCCGUCAACGUCAUUUAUACGGGAAUAACAGCUUUGAUUUUUCUACGGAGUGAUUAUUAUGCGCGUCCUGUGCGGAUUGUAAGAGAGGAACUUAGUCGCCCGUUUGCUCCUGAUCCAAAGGGACAGAUCUGCUCGUUCCAGCAGGGAAUACUCGGGUUCAGAAGAAAUUCCUGUCCAUAUUUGAGUACUUGGGAGAGACAGAAAGAGCGCGCACAAUGCCACUUGCUCAACUGGCAGAACCAUGGCCCAAAAUGGAGCUGGUGCAGUUGGAGACGGAGAAUGGCCAGAGCACCACUGAAGAUGGAGUCACUGCAGCUGUUAAGUUCAAGUCACAGAUCACCUGGGUAGAGAGAGAGUUUGCUGACAUUAAUGUUAAGUUCUGUUUUCAGGUCUCAGUCUCUUCCUUCCUCUUCCUGCCUACUUUAGUUGUUGAGCAGGGCAGAGCACACACCCUCAGUCCCAUACACACUUUCACACGCACGGCCAGACCUUGCUCGCUCCCUCUCUGGGAUGAGUUUUGUUGUCUAUGGCUGCCCCGACUGCAGGCAGAUGGGGGUAACAGUGGAAUGCCCUGGCUAGAGGAGGGAUGAAGAGAUGGAGAAAGAGAAGAGGAAGUUUAAAGUCAGUCAGUUAUUGACUCUCUACCUGUUCAAGCGGCAGCACAGUAAGACUUUAGCGAAUGCCACUCAGUCCAGUGAGGAGACGAACAGCACCACGAACUCGGCUCCAUCUAGUGCAGCUUUAACCGAUGAACAUACAACAUGGACACCGGAAGAUGGUGAGAUCAAGGAGAUCAACAUCACACAUGUGGUUAAGGAGGGGGCAGAGAAGGCAGACCCCUCGCAGUUUGAGCUGCUCAAGGUGCUGGGGCAGGGCUCCUUUGGAAAGGUGUUUUUGGUACGGAAGGUAACCCCUCCUGACAGUAACCAACUCUAUGCCAUGAAGGUCCUGAGAAAGGCUACACUCAAAGUGAGAGAUCGUGUAAGGACUAAAAUGGAGAGAGACAUCCUGGCAGACGUCAACCAUCCAUUUGUGGUUAAACUCCAUUAUGCCUUUCAGACCGAGGGUAAACUCUAUCUGAUUCUUGACUUCCUCAGAGGGGGCGAUCUAUUCACCAGGCUGUCAAAAGAGGUGAUGUUCACAGAAGAAGAUGUGAAGUUUUAUCUGGCUGAGCUGGCACUGGGUCUAGAUCACCUACAUGGUCUUGGCAUUAUCUACAGAGAUCUCAAACCUGAGAACAUCCUCCUGGAUGAAGAGGGCCAUAUCAAACUCACAGAUUUUGGACUGUGUAAGGAAGCUAUCGACCAUGAGAAGAAGGCUUACUCCUUUUGUGGGACGGUGGAAUACAUGGCUCCAGAGGUGGUUAACCGGCAGGGACACACCCACAGCGCUGACUGGUGGUCGUUUGGGGUACUGAUGUUUGAGAUGCUUACCGGGUCACUGCCAUUCCAGGGAAAGGACAGAAAAGAAACAAUGAAUCUCAUCCUAAAAGCAAGGUUGGGGAUGCCUCAGUUCCUGAGCGCUGAAGCUCAGAGUUUACUGAGAGCUCUGUUCAAGAGGAACCCCACCAACAGACUGGGAUCUGGAUCAGAUGGAGCCGAGGAAAUCAAACGCCAUUCGUUCUUCAUGACUAUUGAUUGGAAUAAACUAUUCAGGCGAGAGAUAAAACCCCCAUUCAAGCCAGCAGUGGCCAGACCUGACGACACCUUUUACUUCGACUCGGAGUUCACUUCUCGUACCCCUAAAGAUUCCCCAGGCGUUCCUCCCAGCGCAGGGGCUCAUCAGCUCUUCCGGGGCUUCAGCUUUGUUGCCACAGCAAUGCUAGAGGAGGAAGGCAAAGUGGAGCCCUCUCAACCCCCUCCACACCCUGUGGUACAGCAGCAGCUUCAUGGUAAGAACAUCUUGUUCAGUGACGGUUACGUGCUGAAAGAGGACAUUGGCAUGGGCUCUUUCUCUGUCUGCAAACGCUGUAUACACAAAGCAACCAACACAGAGUAUGCAGUAAAGGUGAUUGAUAAAACAAGCACCGACCCAUCCGAAGAGAUUGAGAUCCUGCUGCGAUACGGCCAACACCCCAACAUCAUCACUCUCAAAGAUGUCUAUGAUAAUGGGAAACAGGUGUACCUGGUCACUGAGUUGAUGCGAGGAGGUGAGCUGCUGGACAGAAUCCUCAAGCAGAAGUUUUUCUCUGAAAGAGAGGCUAGUGCUGUGCUGCACACUAUCACAAAGACCGUGGAAUACCUGCACUCUCAAGGGGUUGUCCACAGAGACCUGAAGCCCAGUAAUAUUCUGUAUGUCGAUGAGUCUGGAAAUCCAGAAUCUCUGCGCAUCUGUGAUUUCGGCUUUGCCAAACAGCUAAGGGCAGACAACGGUCUGCUCAUGACACCCUGCUAUACUGCCAACUUUGUAGCACCUGAGGUACUGAAGAGACAGGGCUAUGAUGAGGGCUGUGACAUUUGGAGUCUUGGAGUAUUACUUUACACUAUGCUUGCUGGUUUUACGCCAUUUGCCAACGGACCAGAAGACACUCCAGAAGAUAUUCUGAGUCGGAUAGGAAGUGGCCACUUUACUCUGACGGGAGGCAACUGGGAUGCGGUGUCUGAUGCUGCCAAAGACUUGGUCUCUAAGAUGCUCCAUGUGGACCCUCACCAGCGGCUCACAGCCAAGCAGGUUCUGAAGCAUCCGUGGAUUGUUCAGAGAGACAAACUUCCCAACAGCCAGCUACAACACCAAGAUGCCAAGCUUGUCAAGGGGGCGAUGGCCGCCACAUACUCAGCGCUGAAGAGUUCCCAACCACCCCCUGAGCUAAAGCCCAUCGAGUCCUCAUUCCUGGCGCAGAGACGGGUGAAAAAGCUCCCAUCCACCUCUCUGUAGAGAACGAGAAGAGGGAAAAAUGGAGAAGUACUCCUGACUGAAUGCAGUUGUGGAAAGGAUGGAUGGAUGGAUGAAAGAACCACACUGAAGCUCUACAGACUAAAGACGGUCUCUUGAACCUGCCCAUGACAUCAGCACUGGAGUGAAGCUGUCAAGCAUGCUAGGCAAGGCAGGUGAUUGGCUGAUGAAGUUUGAGGGGCGUGGCCAGUGAGGGUUCCGUACUCCAUUAGGAGUAGUAGUGGUGGGGUGUGUGUGUGUGUGUGUGUGUGUGUGUGUGAGAGAGAUUUCGAAAUCGGGUAAAGGAUACUGUUAUAAAAUAGAUGAUAUUCCCAGUGCAUUUAUGUCUUGGUACUGUAAUCCUUAAAUAACAACACUGAGUUUUUGAUUUUCUUUUUUAUUUCUCAGUUUUUGUUUGUUUUGCUUUUUGUUUAUUUUUUUUAUCUCUGUAGUUUGUUUAACUGGAUUUUCGUGUUGAUUUGUCUGUUCUUGGACGCUUUUCAGCAGUAGUUUUCUCUUAGUCCGUCUCUUCCUGAAAGCUCAAAGUGGCCUUCAGCGCAAAGAGAGAUGUUCCAGUAUAAUAUUUCACCCAGAUGAAUGAGUAAAGGUUAGAUAUAUCUUCCAUAAUGAUCCGGUAAGCAUGUUCACAAGACUAUCAACCUAAACACAGUGGAGAAUGGAAGUGCUCUCUGCAUGGAUUUGUACAAUGCUGUCAUGUUUCUUUCUUGUUUUCCCCAACUCGGCACUUUUACUUGGUGAACCUGUCAGCACUGGUGAAGACUGUUCAGAAAAUGUCUCCUUGUGUGCUUAUUAAAGUAAGGAAUGAAAAAGUCUGAAUGUGAGAUGACACCUGAAGCUUGUGGCAUGGAAAAAUGUUGCUUUCGUGUGAUUUCCAGUGAUUUUUUUUUUUUUUUCUGGAUAUUGACUGCUGUCUCCUGUGUUUUGAUUUUGUUGCUGUUGUUGCUUAAAGAGAAGUUAUUUUAUAAAGGGACAUUGAGCACAAAAUGUAUAAAUAUGACAGCUGAGAAAACGAUUUAAUGAUUGUGUAUAUUUUUAUCUGUCUAUCCUAUUCCUUGUUCACCCUGUGUUCAGAAGCCCAGUGUGGUGGAACUAUCGACUGUAUUGUGCUCAGGAUGUUAGAGAUGCCUUGCAAAUUCAUGAAGCCUCGCUCAAGUAUUGCACCCUUUACCAAACAUGUCUUAUCAGUUUUAAGACAUGCUUACAGUAUUGUUUUGCAUUGCCCUUUUUCAGAAUUUUUGAAGAUUUAUAAAAAUUACAUAAAGAAUCAGAAAAGGAUGUAGUUGCGAUUAUUCUUUUUACCAAGGAUAGUUUACUCCAAAAUGAAAAUUGUAGUCAUUUACUCACCCUCAUGUCUUUCCAAACCUGUAUGACUUUCUGUAUUUCACAAAAAUAAAAUAGGGACCAGGAAUCCAUUUUCACCCUAUUGAGAAAAACAUGGGCAUUCUGCUGUAAAUAUAAAGGGAUACCGAUUUGGAAUGAUAUGAGGGUGAAUAAAUGAUGACAGAAUAUUCAUUAUUGGGUGAAUUAUACCUUUAAAUCUUUAAAGUAACUAGAACAGAAUUUGGAAUUGACCCAAAGUGUAAAAAAAACAAAAAAACAUACAGUCUGUCUCUAAGUGUGCAUUCUGUUUCUCCCAAACUUUAUUUGCUCUUUGUGUGGUAUUUGGGGUUAUUCUUGCCUAAAAAAAAAAUUAAUUGUGGUUUUUUUUUUUUUUUUUUUUUUUUUUUUUUGUCUUUACUUGAAGGAAAAAGGCUUUAUUUACUGGGAGUCACAGCAUUUGGUCGUAUUACUGUGUAAAUGUGUUUGUUUCUCCUGCCUGAUGUUGGGGUGGGUGGGAUGGGAGCUGUUUGCGGUAAACGGGUGUAAAUUAUCACCCUUUGCUUUUACUGUUAAGGGCCUGAAUUUAAGAACCUUCAUCCUGAUGCCUUUCUAUUAAAAGAAAAGAAAAAAAAUAAACUGACUUGUCCUG